UAUUUUGGCUCCUAAACACAUUGCUAUGCCUAGUCUUUCUAUCCCCUAAUUCUCUAUUAAAGAAGUAGGGCUAAUGACAUUUCUCUGUGCUCACAAGAUAGCUGUGAGAACAGAUGUACUGUUUGACUGCAACGUCCCCUGCAGGCACCAUAGUUGAAUUUGAGAUAGCAAUAUCCAAAUGUGUCCAUGAAGACUAGCAUCCUCUUUCCAGGGGUGAUACCAACUUACUGUAUUGUGAUACUUCAGUCACUCUGAGGCCUCACAUUACAGAGGCACACAUAGAGUGGAAAAAGUUAUAAAGAGGCCUGAAACUAAUGGAACAGCAACUGGAGCUUUCAUUGUUAUAUUUAACCAUUUAACCAUUUAAACAUAGCUAAUAUACAGAAACCAAAGCUGUCAUGUGUUCACACAUACACAGGGUGAUUAACCAUGUGAAAAUACAGAUAGCAAAGUAGGUACAGGGGAGCUUUGGAAGUGCCACAGAAAUCCCACCUUCCCUUUUUUAGAUCUGUGGAUCAAGAAUGAGGUCUCUCAGGGAGAAGUUCCAGGACUGUCUGGGUGCCCCCUAAGCCCUCCUGGCAGCAGUGCCCUGGGUACCACCCUUCCCUUUUUAACUUUGGGCAAUUUCUGUUCAGUAUCUUCAGAUAGAAAGAUGUACAGUCUUUGCAUGAGUUGCGCAUGUUUGACACAGCCAAUCUUGAGCCCAUAUCACAGACACCAUGAAAUAAUGCCUCUCCCUGUAUAUGAUUCAUUCUGAACAUAAAUCCCGUACUGACUGUUUGGCCAACACCCCAGCAAUGUCUGUCAAAGCCCAGAAUAAGGGCAAAGAGGCUCCUAAACAGUGAACAAGACAAGAGAAGCAGUAAAAAUGAGGGACUUCAGAAUAGGAAGGAACCUGGUGACAAAAUGGUUCAAAGAGGUUUUCCUGGUGUAGACAUCACGAUCCACUGUUGGUCUUCAAGCCUGGAAGUCUCAAAGGAAACAGGGUCAUCAUGUUAGGAAAAUAGUCAUGAGGGGAACUCUUCAGACUCUUCUCAGCAUUCUCUCCUGGCAGGACAAGAGGCAAUGGGCCCAAAUGUAAACAUAGGAAAUUGUGUCUGAACAUAAGAAAACACCUUUUCACUGUGAGGGUGGUUGAACAUUGAACAGGUUGCCCAGAAAGGUUGUGGAGUCUUCAUCCUUGGAGAUAUCUGAAACCCAACUAGACAUGGUCUGUGGCAACCUGCUCUAGCUGACCAUACUUGAGCAGGGGGGUUGGACCAGAGAACCUUUAGGGUCCCUUCCAACCUCAACUACUCUGUGAUUCUAUGGGAAAUCUUUUAGAGGCGCUGCAUUAAGACAGUUAACUAUGAAUCCAGAUAAAGAAUUUGAGCCUUGCUCUGGAUUGACCCUGAACCUGGAAACCUAGCUGGAAACCUAGCUGGAAAAGGUACUUGCUCAUUCAGGCUGGAGAGCCAAGCCUGAUGCUAGCCUUGUCAGUCCUCCUGUAUCCUCUCUGCUAUAGAAAACAGCAUGUUCUAAUCAUGCAAAGAUCCCACUGCACCUCAGACUUCAUCUUCAACUCAGAAAGAGGAUGAGUGGUAGGACUGAGAGAAGAACACAGGAAAGACACCUGGACUAAGUCCUUCCAACCUGAAUUAUCCUAUGAUCCUAUGAGAACAGGGCUGAUGAAGGAGAAGAAAAAUCCAAAUGAGGACAAAAACAUUCAGACAUGUUUCCAGCACUCUCUCAAAGGCCUUGACAGUGUGUAGAGAAAAUAUGGUAUGGUUGCACAGCUCCUAAGGCAAAUCAGAAAUCUCCCCGCUGCUGCAGGGCGAUGGAGCAGGGCCGGUCCCAGGGACACCCCGCCCCGGUGGGGCGGGACGAGCUGCCCGCCCCUGUCCGAGGCAUGUAAAAGCCAGGGCUGCAGAGCCGGGGAGCAGGGAGCGACCAGCCCAGGCUGCAUUGUGGAGCCGGUUGCACGAGUUCCAGAGAUUGCUACGCACGCAAGCAAAAUGUCGUCCGAAAUGGCAACUGAGGGGGAAAAACUCUGGGGAGGAAGGUUUGUUGGAACCACGGAUCCCAUCUUGGAGAUUCUCAACUCCUCCAUUGCUGUUGACCAGAGACUGUCCGAUGUUGAUAUCCAGGCGAGCGUGGCUUAUGCCAAAGCCUUGGAGAAGGCUGGCAUCCUCACUAAACCCGAGCUGGAGAAGAUCCUGAGUGGCCUGGAAAAGAUCUCUGAGGAGUGGUCUAAAGGAGUCUUCGUGGUGAACAAAAGCGAUGAGGAUAUCCACACUGCCAACGAACGCAGACUGAAGGAGCUGAUUGGAGAUAUAGCUGGAAAGCUGCACACUGGAAGAAGCAGAAAUGAUCAGGUUGUGACCGACCUGAAGCUGUUCAUGAAGAACUCCAUCUCUGUGCUGGCCACUCACCUGCUGCAGCUCAUUAAGACCCUGGUGGAACGUGCUGCCAUAGAAAUUGAUGUUAUCCUCCCUGGCUACACUCAUCUGCAAAAAGCUCAGCCCAUCAGAUGGAGCCAGUUCUUGCUCAGCCAUGCUGUUGCACUGACCCGUGACUCUGAGCGCCUGGGAGAGACAAAGAACAGGAUCAAUGUCUUGCCCUUGGGAAGCGGUGCUCUGGCUGGCAACCCCCUGGAUAUCGAUAGAGAGCUGCUGCGCAGCGAGCUGGACUUUGCUUCCAUCAGCCUGAACAGCAUGGAUGCCAUCGGCGAGAGAGACUUUGUGGUGGAAUUCCUCUUUGUUGCCACCCUGCUGAUGACCCACCUUAGCAGACUGGCUGAAGAUCUCAUCAUCUACAGUACCAGCGAGUUUGGCUUUGUGACCCUCUCAGAUGCCUACAGCACUGGCAGCAGCCUGAUGCCUCAGAAGAAGAACCCUGAUAGUCUGGAACUGAUCCGUGGAAAAGCUGGACGUGUGUUUGGACGGUGUGCCUCUAUUCUCAUGGUUCUCAAAGGACUUCCAAGCACCUACAACAAGGAUCUGCAGGAGGACAAGGAGGCUGCCUUUGAUGUGGUGGAUACCCUCACUCGUCGCGCACUGAAGGGCGCUCUUGGCUCUGGAAGCGCGUCAGAAACCGAAGGGCUGACGGCUGCUCACUGCAUUCGCCGAGGAAAGAAGCAAAAGCCACAAAUAAACGCCCGCAAAAUUAAAAUCCGCCGGAAGGCACUUCCUCCCUUGCGCCCUUCCUCGUGUGUCGCACGACACGCUCCUCGCUCCCUGCCCCGCUCCCGUUACGACGGAGGUCGGAGGCCCGCAGAAACGGCCGAAGCUCUGCCGGCCUCCCGCGGCAGCCCCGGCGCUCCGCGCCGUGCAGCGAAGGAAAUCCUUGCCUUGGCAGAGCAAACCUUGAGCUCGCAGCACGUUAAAUCCGUUCUGGUCAGUCGAUUCCACGGGAACUAG